AUGCCGGCUAGGAGGCUCAGGUUCGGGCUCGGCUCCGGCUCCGCGCCGGCUCCGACCUUCGCCCUGGCGCUCGCCGGAGCCGCGGGCGGCCGGGGCCUCCGCCUCUCGGAAGGCCGGUGCUCGCGAGCGGCCCCGGCGGCGGCGAUGGCGCAGCCUAAAGAAGGAGCCACUAAAGGUGACAAGAGCUACCAGGUGACUGUGGGAGUGAAGAAGAAGAGUGGAAAUCAGAGCAGAAGGCCCUGCAGUAUAGAGGAGACCAUGGCGGAACGUGUGGGCCCUGAUGGACAGAAAUGUGUCAAUGUGGAUCCUGAAGACCGAAGGUUGGCAGCUGCGACACCUUUUACCCAGAUCUGUGCGGGAAUGGGUGCAGGAGAUGUCAGAGGACAAUUCCAGUCUACCCCAUAUGAUCCCUAUAGUAAAGCUUCGGUCACCUCAGGAAAGCGGCCUGCUGGUUUUCCUUUCCAGGUGCAGUGCCGACAGGUGGGAAGUAGUGUCCCUUCUGAAACAGUCUCAGAGGCCUCUCAAAUACCCCGAAAUCCAGCGAUGAAAAGGAAGGUACUGCGGAGAAUGCCAGGCGGGGAAGUAUUAAUAACUGAUGAAACACUUAUCAGCAAGUCAGAGUCUGAUACAGAAAAUGAGUUGGAUCUCUGGGACUUAAGACAACGGCUGAUGAACCUACAGUGCCAGGAAGAACGGAAAUCCCCAGUUGAAAGUUCACAAAAACGUCAUCUACCAUCUGGACACGAAGACCAGCCCCUGUACUAUUGUCUAAGAGAAGAAAUGGGAAGCCCAGCAACUGAACAAGACCUGAUUGUUGCCAGCCAACCCAAGUCCUUUAUUCCACCAAGACUGGACCAGUUAAGCCGAAACCGAAGCAAGAUAGACCGGGUGGCCAGAUAUUUUGAGUACAAACAAGAAUGGGACGCGAUGCAGUUGCCUGGUGAAGAUCGUAGGAAGGAGCUGCGCUGGGGUGUCCGAGAGAACCUGCUUUGCCGAGCGGAGCCCCAGUGCAAGUCUCAGCACAUAUAUGCUCCAAACAAUUACCUCGUACCCACUGAGAAGAAAAGAUCUGCCCUGCGCUGGGGUGUCCGCUGUGACCUUGCAAAUGGCAUCAUCCCCAGGAAGUCCUCCUCCUCUCUGUCUCCUUCUUAA